AUGGCUGCCCUAAGAUUAGCUUUCUUCAUCUUUGCAACUGCGCUUCUCUAUCUUAUUCCUCCCUCAUCACAGCAGGCCUUUCAGUCCAUUCAGUUCACGUACUCUGGGCCCACAGGCCCAGAUAAAUGGGGAAGCCUCAGCCCAAAUUUCUCGAUGUGCGUAAAAGGAAAAUGGCAAUCGCCGAUCAACAUCGUGACGUCAGACGUCGUGCUUAACAAGAAUUUGAAGCCCCUCAUCAGAUCAUAUGAUCCUACGAACGUCACUUUGGUCAACAACAAGUUCAACGUUGGGGUUCGUUACCCAGAUCAUUCAGGGGUCCUAACUAUCGAUAACAAGAUUUAUUCACUGAAGCAAAUGCAUUGGCAUGCUCCUGCUGAGCACACGAUUGAUGGACAGCGUUUUGCCGCAGAGCUUCAUUUGGUUCACAUUGCUGAAGAUGGCAGUGUCUCAGUAGUUGCAGUUCUUUUUAAAUUUGGACAUCCUGACCCACUUCUAGCUAAGAUACAGAAAAAACUGAAUGAGCUUGCAUAUGAGGUGAAGAGACAUGAAGAGACCCCAAUUACACUUGGGCCCUUUCACCCAACUGAAGUUAGAAAAAGAUGCCACAAAUAUUACAGAUAUGUUGGCUCUUUCACCACACCUCCCUGCACACAAGGUGUUAUUUGGAACAUUCUUGCUAGG